AUUCUUCUUCCUCUUCGAUUCACUUCCUCGCCGGCGCAAAUCUCCCUCCUUCCCUUCCGCCUCUCCCUUAAUUGCUCUGUAUCCCUAAUUACUCAUUAAUAAUCCCUUCCGCUAAAUCCCUAAUUCCUCAAACGGCUUCGGAGGAGCAAUUCCGCCAACAUCUCCUCCAUUCAAUCCUCGUUGGAAGCUUCAUCAAAUUCUUCUUUUUGGGUUGAUUUCAAGUUGUGGCAACUGGUAGAGCAACUCAGAAGAUUGUUCGCAUUACCGCCGAAUCGCCCCCUUCAGCAGGCGAGUUCGAAAUAAAGCUUGCUACGGUGAAAUCAAGACUUCCCGCGAGUCUUCUUACUUUAAGCAAAACAGGAAGGUCGGAGGCUAAAGGUCGUAGCUUGCCUCGAACUUCCUUUUCCACUUCUUCUUAUUUUAGCAGGUGCAUUGACCUUUGAAGUCUUGGACUGGUCUUUAUGUGCUGCAGCCUGCAGUGUUACAGUUUGUCAUGUAUUGUUGCAUGUAUUGGGUUCAUAACACAGUGAAUGUAAGACAACCUAUACAAUGGCUACUUCUAGUAAGUUUGAUACAUCUUCUGGUAGCCCAGAUAGGCCAGUAUACAACAGUGGCCAGCGUGGAUCCCAUGCCAUCACUCAACUGGAUAGAUCAAGUAGUUUCCGUGAGAGUAUGGAGGGUGGUCCAGUCCCAUCCUCUCUUCCGAACAUGAUCAGAAGUAGUUCUGUGCUAUCACAGGGAGAUGUGACAAAUUUUCUCCAAUGCUUGCGUUUCGAUCCAAAAAAUGUUGCAGCAGACCAUAAAGCUAGUCGUCAAGGGGAUUUUAGAAGACACCUAAACAUUGCCCUUAAUGUCUCAAUGGAUGAUUCCCAAUCUGUUUCAUCGAAAGGAAAGGUUACUCAGGCUCCUAUACCUGAGGAGAUAAAGAGAGUCAGGGCUAGUCUUCGUGAAUGCUCUGUGAAAGCAAGGGAGCGUAUGAAGAUCUUCAGUGAAGCUUUAUCUGUUUUUAACAAGUUCUUCCCAGCCAUACCCUCAAAGAAGAGAUCUAGAUCAGAAAGUUUUUCAAAUGACCGAUCUAGUUCAAUAUUGUCUAGUGAUCGUUCAGUUUUGGGCCAAAGCCUUAGUAAGAUGGGAGUUCAGAAUCAUGGUGUUACCAGCAGCUUUGAGCUGGAACAGCAGAAGCCAGAAGAACGAACCAAAAGUGUUGUUCCAAACAAGCGCACUCGCACUUCUUUGGUGGAUGUGAGGAGCAAUAACCUUGCCAGAGCUCCUGGUGCUGCAGAUCAAGAGAGAGAAGCGCUGAGGCUCGCAAGUAACGGCACUGUUCAGACUGAUGAACGGACAUUAUCAAUCGGUGUUGAUGGUUGGGAAAAGACAAAAAUGAAGAAAAAGCGCUCUGGGAUUAAACCUGAUGCUUCUUCAAGUUCAGUCUCUACAAAGCCCACUGACUUAUAUCGUGACCCUAAACAGGGGCUGCAGCAAAGAGCUGCUACUGAUCCCCGUUCCAGGUUGAACGGCGACGCUCAAGGUUUCAGGCAAGGAGUUGCAAGUGCUGUUGGUGUUGGAAAAUCCGAAGGUGCCUCUCAGUCACCAUGCUUGAGCUCGCGUUCAUCCUUCCCUAGGGCAGACCUAGAAAAUGGUUCUGUUCUAAAUGAUAGGAGAGAGCGCUCAGUUAGUUCAGAUAAAGAAAGGCCAAAUAUUAGAAGUGUUAACAAGUCAAAUGUUCGAGAUGAUUUAAACUCAGCUAGUCCUACUUCAAGCACAAAAGCAAGUCCAUCUGUUCGGGCUCCCCGCACAGGCUCUGUUGGUGCACCCAAGUUGUCCCCGGUUGUGCACAGGGCAACUGCUGCCAGUGAUUGGGAGCUUUCUCAUUGUAAAAACAAGCCACCUGCUAUUGGAGCUAAUAUUCGCAAACGCACUGCAUCUAAUCGUUCUUCAUCCCCACCUGUUGCCCAGUGGGCUGGCCAAAGGCCUCAGAAGAUCUCCCGCACAGCAAGAAGAACAAAUUUGAUGCCUAUAGUUUCUAGUAAUGACGAGGUUUCAGCUGUAGAUACUGUAUCCGAUGUCUCAGGUAAUGAAACUGGGAUAGGACUUUCUACUCCCAGACGUUUGUCCGCUGGCUCUCCUCAACAGGUAAAACUAAAAAGUGAGCCCUUAUCCUCUACUGCGUUAUCUGAAAGUGAAGAAUCAGGGGCUCCUGAAAUCAAAUCUUGGGACAAACCCAAAAAGUCUGAUGAAAUGGAUGAAAAGGUUGGGCAAAAUGUUCAGAAAGUAUCAAGUCUUGGUACACCAUCAAGGAAGAAUAAGCUGAUGCAAGGAGAAGACCUAGGAGAUGGUGUGCGAAGGCAAGGAAGGACCGGGCGUGCUAUCUCCACAACUAGGUCUCUCACGCCCGUUGGCAUUGAGAAGCUUGGACCAGCAAAACAGAUUCGAAGUGCAAGGGCUGGUUCUGACAAGAAUGAAAGUAAGCCUGGUCGUCCACCAACCAGAAAACUAUCCGACCGCAAAGCAUAUACGCGUCAAAAGCAUACUGCUGUUCAGGCAACACCAGAUUUUUUUGUUGCCUCUGAUGACGGGCAGGAAGAGUUACUGGCUGCUGCUAAUGCUGCUAUUAGUCCAUCUCAAGUGCUGUCUAGUUCAUUUUGGAGGCAAAUGGAACAAUUCUUUGGCUGCAUAGCUGAUGUCGACCUUGAUUAUUUGAAACAGCAGCAGGUAAAUCUGGAUCCUAUUGUGUCGACAGCGCCGUUUUCCUCUGUUGCCCACAUAUGCAGUAACAUCUCUACUGGAUAUAGAUUAAUUGAACAAGGGGUAGAAGUUGGGUGUACCGUUGAAACUACUGGAUUUGAACUUCAAUCAAGAGAGUAUGUGCCUAGUGCAGGGGAUAGUUCUCUCUGCCAGAUGCUUUUAGCAGCUAUAAUCUCAGAGGAUGAUUGUGGCCUUGAAGAUGAGGACAAUGAGUUUGGUGCAUAUGCAACCGGAUUUGAACCAGAUCGGGUGCUGGGUUUAAGUGGAUUGGAUCACCUUGAUAUUUUCCAGGCAUCUUCGCAAGCUAUAUUUAAUGACUACAAAGUGACAGUAAAGCCAGGACGUGAUUCUUCAGAAAUUAAUGUAUUGGGUAUCCCAAAGGAAGGUACUUAUUCAAACUCCAUUCAUGCCGCAAAUGGUGUAUUUUCAGAUCAGACACCAAUACCUAUAGCAGCUUCAGAACUCCAGUUCGAUAACAUGCGGUUAAAUGAAAAGCUGCUUCUGGAGGUUCAAAGCAUUGGAAUAUUUCCAGAAUCAGUGCCCAGCAUGCAUACAGACGAUCAAGGGAUCACUGUGGACAUCUGUAAGUUGGAGGAGAAGCAUGCCGAACAGGUCUUGAAGAAGAGAGGUUUGCUUGAUCAUUUGUUGAAAGAUGCCAUGAAUACAAAAGAAAUUCAAGAGAAGGAAUUUGAGCAACGUGCUUAUGACAAGCUCACUACAAUGGCUUACUACAAAUACAUGGCUUGUUGUGGUCCCGCUGGCGGGAAGAAUUCCAACAACAAAAUGGCCAAGCAAGCCUCCUUAGCAUUUAUUAAGCGUACGCUGGAGAGGUGCUAUAAUUAUGAAGAUACGGGUAAGGGCUGCUUCAGUGAACCCAUGUUUAAAGAACUAUUCCUCUCUGCACCUUCACAAGUCAAUGGUCCACAAAUGGUGAACACUGUGGAUGGCGAACCUGCAAAACCAUUUGUUGCGGCCCCAAGCCGAUUAGUUUCAGCUUUGCAGCUACCACUGUGUCACAGCUAAGUCCUCAAACUCCUCGACUUGGUCAGAAUGGGGAUGUCUUUGUUGCUAAUCACCUUGACAUGCUUCCACCUGUACAUCGUGGAUCUGGUAAAGAAGAAACAUGGUCAAAUAGGGUGAAGAAGAGGGAGUUGUUGCUGGACGAUGUUGGUGGUGGUACUACUGGUACCUCUUCAGGGAUUGAAGGAUCGUUAUCAAGCAGUACAAAAGGAAAGAGGAGUGAGAGAGACAGGGAGGGAAAGGUACACAACAGAGAGAUAUCAUCUAGGAACGGAACAAAUAGAAGUGGCAGACCAGCUCUUUCAAACUCCAGAGGAGAAAGGAAAUCUAAAGCAAAGCCGAAGCAGAAAACAACUCAAUUAUCUGUUUCGGUGAAUGGCCUUCUGGGCAAGACAGAACAGCCCAAACCAACAUUGCCCUCCGAGUCUAAGCCGACUCAUCCAACUGGCAGCAAUGCCAAAGAAAAAGAUGGGUUUGGUUUGGAUGAACUUGACGACCCUGAUUCUCUUGAUUUAUCCAAUAUGUUACCAGGAAUCGAUGAUGAUGGCCAAGGACAGGAUCUAGGUUCAUGGUUGAAUAUUGACGAUGAUGGGUUGCAAGACCUUGAUUUCAUGGGUCUUGAGAUCCCCAUGGAUGACCUUUCGGACUUGAAUAUGAUGGUUUGAAGUCUUUCUUCUGUAUAGUCUUGUUCAUUAUACUAUUGACAAACAAACAUAAGCGAUGUUAUAAAAGAGAGGUGACCACUUACUUGUAUGGUCAUUUUGCUGCUGGUCCACAGUUAGGUUAUAUAGAUUCUUUUGUAGGGUUCACAAGAUUUUCAAAUGAAUUUCCGGACCUAUUUUACGAUUCUGUAUCAAGUUAGUGACUUCGACUGUAAAGAUAUCUGUUCAAUGUUCAAGUUAGUAUGUCUCGCUGUUUACGUCUGAGCAACAACACUGUAUCCUGGUUGUAGCUUCUGCAAAUCAGAGAACAGUUCAUUGUACAUACAUUUUGUUUUUCUAAUAAGAUGAGCUUUUCAUUCUGUUCAAUUUGUUUCUUGGUUACUAACUCAUUUUGGAAUUGCCAUUACGAUUUUUCAGAUGAUCUUUUUUUGUGCUAGAUUAUACUUCUGUAAGAUUUCAUUAAUUUCUUAUACCAGCAUGGAUUG